AUGGGACUUUCGUUAUUUCGCAUUUUGGCCCUUUUUACGCUAUUAUUGUUCUCAGUGGUGACUGCUCAAGACUACUACGGGAUCUUGGGCCUGAGUAAAGAUGCUUCCGACAGAGAUAUUAAGUCUGCAUACCGUCAAUUGUCUAAAAAAUUUCACCCAGAUAAAAACCCUGGAGACGAAGAAGCCCACCACAGAUUCAUCGAGGUGGGAGAGGCAUAUGAAGUCUUGAGUGACGACGAAAAGCGCCAGAUUUACGAUCGCUACGGUGCAGAAGCCUUGAAAAAUGGAGGACCCGGAGGCGGUGCUGGUGGUGCUGGCUCAAAUGGUUUCGGUGGCUUUCGAGACCCUAUGGACAUGUUUGAGCAAAUGUUCGGAGGUCACCAUGGUGGCUUUAGAGGCAGACCUCGUGGCCAUAACCUGGAGGCUCACGAGGAACUUACGCUCCAAGACUUUUACCAUGGUGCGUCGCUAGAUUUCAGUUUGAAUUUGAACGACCUCUGCGAGCACUGCAGUGGAUCUGGAUCUGAGGAUGGUAAAACGACGCAUUGCUCGCAAUGUCAGGGCCAAGGUGUCGUGAUACAGGUGGUGAGAAUGGGUCCUAUCACACAAAAGAUCCAGCAAAUGUGCGGCGCUUGCCAGGGUAAGGGCCAGGUUAUCAAAAACAGUUGCCGGAAAUGCAAGGGCGCAAAAGUCGAGCGCAAAGCUAAGGCUUUCCAUGUGGACAUACCACCUGGUGCUCCUCGAGAUUUCGUGGACGUCAAACCCGGAGAGGCCGAUAAGGGGCCUGGUUUUGACGCUGGUGACGUCUUUAUCAAGUUUUCGGAGUCCUCCAAGAUUAACUUGGGAUACAGAAGGCGAGGUGUUCAUUUAUACAGGACAGAGGUACUCAGUUUCGAAGAAGCACUCAAGGGGAACUGGAAGCGCGAGCUCGAGUUUCUAGAUCCACAAAAGAAGGUGCAUCUCGCUCGCAAGCAGGGUAUCCCUGUGAAAAACGGCGAGAUCGAGAGAAUAUCACAUUUUGGGAUGCCUGUCCCUGGACACCAGGACACAUUCGGUGAUCUUUUCGUGGAUUACGUGGUUGUCACACCUCACAAAGCAUCCAACAAGCUUAUAAAGGACGAAUUGUGA